UGAUUGAAGAACAAACUCUUGACUACACAUAACAUUCCUUUGUUAUACAAGAAAGUAGUGGAUUAUGCUAGGAUUGGACAUCUUUCACAGUCGAAUCCCGCCUACUAGUGCGAUUUCAUUUCACAACAUAACUCGCUGUGCUUCAAUUCAUUUUCAAAGAGACACUUUUUUGUAUCGCUAAAUAUUCGAACUAAGUUGCAAUGGAUAUCCAUGAAUUACCAUCUACAAACCUUACAAUGGAAUGUCCAUUUACCUGGCAAUUGGACUUACAAAAAGUUUGUGAUUUUUGUGAGGAAGAUAAGACCUUAGCCGAUUAUACAGAAGCACCGAUAUCAUGUUAUAUUCAAAUGGUGACUUUUGCAUACAUUAGAUAUAUGCAAGGGAGGAUUGUUGCUGCUGAAGAAUUAAUUGAACAAAUUAAUGAUCUUUGGGAAAGAAUUUAUGAAAGUGUUUCAGAGCAAAAAGUUUAUUCAAUUGAUGUACUGAUGCACAUAAAAGAUGCAACAGCAUAUCACAUAUAUUCAAUGAUAGGAAAAAAAGAAAAAGCAAAAGAAAUGGAAAUGAAAAUAAAAGAUGCAAAUAAUUUCAAAUCUGAUAUUGAAAAAGGAACUAUAGUUGGAUGUCAAGCUUUAGCGACAAAACUACUUGACGAGAAAAAACAAAUUCCAGAUAUUUCUCUAAAACUAGCCAAACUAGCUUCUUCAUAUGUUCCCAACUGUGCGUUGUGGCACUAUGUAAUUGCUGAGUGUCUUCGAAUGCAGAGACGCUUUCAUAAUUUUAGUGCAAAUAUCUCAGAAGAAGAGACAAAUGAGUAUUUAAAAUGUUAUGAGUUAUCAGAAUCUGAUCAUUUCUACAUGUGUGUUGCAAGAUUGUACCGGGAGAGUAAUAAUUGGGAAAAAUGUUCAGACAUGUACAAUAGUCUUUACCUUAAAGAGCCUACAAGCUUGAGAACAAGAUUAUCUCUUGUCUUAUUUUUUUUAAGUUCAAAAGAUUUUGUGAAGGCUAAAGAUUGUUUGGACUACAUUGAAAAAAUAUUACCUCCAAAAAAGUCAAAUAAAACUUACUAUCAUUAUCUGGCAAGAUAUUAUGAAAAAACUAGAAAUUAUCCUAAAGCCAAAGAAAAUUAUUUGAAAGCUAUUGGUACAAAUAAUUUUCCUGCAGAUAUGGAUUACCUUAUUCUUAUUAGAAAUACUUCAAAUUCAAAGUAUGAUUAUGAAGUUAUCAAGCACCUCAAAAGUAUGUUAAACAGAUAUAAAGAUAACAAAAGUCUCACUGUACACAUAAUGUUGACCUUAGCUAUCACUUAUUUGUUUAAAAACAAAAAUUUAAAGCUUGCAGCUGAUUAUUUUUUAAAAGCUAUCCAGACAAAUCCACAUGAUCCUCAAUUAGAGAAUUUUCAGACGCGUUUUAGAGAUGUAGAUAGGUAUAAUAUUUUUGAAUUGAUCAGUUCAAAAAUCCUGACAGGAAAUGAAGAUAAUUACGGAAAUACUCUUCAAGAAUUGAAAAAUCAUUGUAUUAAAUACAAAAAUCGCAAAGAAAAUAAUGUUUCAGAUUUACUAAGCUUAAGUGUUGCUGAAACUUUAUCUCUCAAUAAAUAAAAUUCGAAAUGCAUUCAGGGAACAAUAAAUCUCUGCCUAUCAAUAUAAACUUUGAUUUAAUUGAGACAAAGAGUAUAAAUUGAUAUUAUUGUAACACUUGUCAAUGUGAGCAUUUAUUAUAUUCUACUUCAUGAUUAGAAGAAUAUUUUUGUACGAUUUUCAAUUGUAUGUAAGAGUAUAUGACGCUUGUUGAUAACUAACGGAAUAAUGCUGUAGUUAGAUAGUUGAGAUUGACUA